AUGGAACCCACCAAUACUGCUAAUGUCAAUUUGCCUUCAAUGGUGAUUUGGUUUCUUCAUUGCUGCCGAAAUAUAGAUGGAUCUUCACAUGGCAAAAGUCCAGCAUCUAAUAAGUCCAAUUUUACUGAGAAGGCUUUGAAGCUUCCUGAAGUGAAGGAGAAUGUUGGGAAAAGUCCAACAUUUAGUAAGUCCAAUUUUACUGAUAAGGCUUUGAAGCUUCCUGAAGUGAAGGAGAAUGUUCAGGCUGCACCCGUAUCAAAAAAUGAGGGUCCUGUUCACAUUUCUGAACCAGGCAGUCAUAGUAGCAAGGCUUUUCCUGGGUCUAUCAUAGAGCGCACUCCUAACAUUGGAACAAAUCCUAUUGAACAAACUGCCGCUCAUGGCUCAAAGCCAGUUUCCAGAUUCAAGAUGCAGAGAAGAUGA